AUGUGCCCUUUUGGCACGUACAAAGUCGCCUUAUCUUCAGAGCGCCUAGGCUCUGAUUCCAAUGCCUACGGAUAUUGGGCAUUAACUUCACGCAUCCUCUCCUCAAUUAAGCCCUCGAAGCCUGAGAAAACUGUGGACAUCUAUCUCUGGUCUCCUGCUGCGUCUAAAGUUGAUUAUUAG